UUUUGGAGCUGUCCCAAAAUGGACACUGUUCAGACACACAAACACAUAUGAUACAAUUCUGUCUCAUUCUUAUCUUCCUUACACAACCCUUUUUUCUUCUUCUUCUUCUUCAUGAGGUCAGUACAAAAAUGUCAACAAUGGCUUCAACCCCUUCUGCACCAUCGCCAAUGGAUUCUUCCCACAAACUCGACCUCGAAUCCGUCAAGACAUUGGUGAGAAUCCUCAACCAACAUCUGCACUCAAUUCUCGACGACAGGGAUGCCCAAAGAGCCCUGAAGAUGAAAUGCAAUUCCAGGCUCAAAAUCCAUGCCCAAGAAUUCUUCGAAUUCUCCCAACACUCUGUCCUGUCGAAUCUCUAUUGGGGCAUCGACGGCACUCUGGCGGCAACCGACGCCAUCUCCGACGAAGACAAGGCCACCAGGCUCGAAACCUCUGAGAAAAUGCUGCAGAUUCCUGCCUCAUUGGACGAUCAUGGCGCUACCUUAGGAAUUCCGAAUAAUUACCUGGUUUGCUGCGCAUACUUCUACUUGUCUGUUGUCGAGCUUCUGAGGAAGAACGAAUGGCAAGUGGCUGUCCAUUUCCUUCACGCCGUCGCCAUUUCGCCUCGCAUCAUCGCCGCCGAAUUCACCCCCGGAAUUUGGCCUCUGGUCAUUAGGCCUAUGAUUCGGACAUCAUUAGACAGGUUCGAUGAAAUUGAUGAGGCUAAGAUCGAUGAAUUGAUGAAAUGGAUGGCAAAAAGGUAUAAGCCUUGGUUAAUGUACUAUCAGAUCAUGUCGAAUGGCGUAGAAGGUUGUCGGAAUUUCGACAAUGGCAGCCUUUCUAACAAUAUUCAACGAUCUAGAAGCAUCGACUCGCAGCAAAAUUCAACCGGAUUCAGAGCUUCUCAAAGCCUCGAGAAGACUGUCGAUAUUAGUCGACAGACAAAUCGCAGCAAAUGUACUAAGAUCAAGUGUCUGAAAGACAUACUGAAAGAAUCUCAGCACGAUUCUUCGACAUCCGAAGAUUCAGCUUCAGACGAAGAAGGUGUUCUUCAGAAUUCUUCAGAAGACACACUCACUUGUCUGAGAACUGAAAGAAUCGAUGAAGAAGAGAGUCCAGCAGAAGCUCUAAAUCAGUACAAAUCACUUUCAUGGAUUUCGCAGGCGUCGUCGUAUCCAAAUCCCGAGAGGACGCUGUCGCUUCUAAUGCAAACAAAAGUGAAGGAAACAAACGCCAUAGAAUCGAUUUCCCGGAGCUUUUCGACUUCGUUUUGCGACACCGAUGUAUCGGCGCUAUCGCUAAGAAAAACGGAUCGCUACGCUCCGUCGAAUGCUUAUAUCGAAGAAGAGGAGAAGCUGCAAAGGCAUCACAGCAUCAGCUCAAUUUCUAUGAACAAUUCUCAGUUCAUGAAACACAUUCGCCGCAGAAGCUCGACGAGGAUGAAGAAAAGCCAGAGCUGCCGGACGCCGUUGCCUGAAGCUCCAGAAGAUAAUCUUUUCGCCGAACAGAAUGGAUUGCUCGAGAAACUGGUUUCGAAGCUAUGCUUCAACGACGAAUUCGGAAGCAUCGACGACGACUGCACGGUCGAAAUCAAGUCGAUAUACGACAUAUUGAACACCAAAUCAGGACUGAAGUAUUCUCUUCUGAAGGACAUAAUAUUAGACCAGCUGCUGAUCGCGAUUUCAACGUCGAAAGAGGAGAGGGUCGUCCGAACAUCGGUUGCGAUACUGUCGACUAUCAUCACAGCAAACAGAUCGGUCGUUGACGACAUCAAGAGGAAAGGAUUGCAGCUGCACGACUUGGCGACGGCCCUGAAACGCAACGUCCACGAGGCCGUCAUCCUUAUAUAUCUGAUAAAUCCGUCCCCGGCGGAGAUCAAAACACUCGAGCUUUUGCCGUGCCUCGUCGAGGUCGUCUGCACCUCGAAGAGUUACAAGGUGGACUUUACGUCGCUCCUGCUUACGCCGCCUGCUGCGUCGUUGAUGAUCAUCGAGGUACUUGUGACUGCGUUCGACUACGAGACGAACAGCAUGCACUUGGCUGCGAUAAGCUCGCCGCGAGUGCUUUCAGGACUCUUGCAAGUUCCGAGGAAAGACAACCUCGACGAGUUCAUCUCCUUGGCUGCUAUACUCGUCAAGUGCAUGAGGUUCGACGCGAAAUGUCGAAAAUACCUAUCCGAAUUUUCGCCAUUGUCUGCUUUCGUGUCGCUUCUAUGGAGUAAUCAAAAGCGUGCGACGACUAUCGCCUUGGAGUUUUUCAACGAGCUCCACAGAAUGCCGCGGUCAUCAUCCAUUGGAUUGUUGGAGCAGAUUCAGAAACAGGGAAGGAUGAACAAUAUGUGUGCUUUAUUCCUUCUUACACAGAAUUCGGAGCCGGAGUACAAGCUUCUUGCAGCAAAUUUGUUACUCCAGCUAGAAGUACUCGAAGAUGCAUCGGUGAAAUGCAUAUAUAGGGAAGAAGCUGCAGAGGCUAUCCUCGACUCGUUGAGAUGUGAAGAGUCCCCUGCAACACAGGCAUUGUCGUCGUUCAUACUGGCUAAUCUUGGCGGGACUUACUCGUGGACAGGGGAGCCGUAUACGGUGGCGUGGCUGGUUAAAAAGACUGGAUUGACAUCGGCGCAUCAUAGAAAUUUGAUCAAGAACUACGACUUCCUUGAUCAGUGUCUGCAGGACGCCGGAUUAGAUCUGUGGUGCAGCAAGAUUGCGCAGCGAAUACUGCAUUUAGGGGCACCUUUGUUCCAUGCACUCGAAAAGGGACUUAGGAGCAAGAUAAAACGAGUGUCGCGUGAUUGUUUGAUUGCUGCUGCUUGGCUCGGGUGUGAGCUAGUGAAAGGUCCGGAUGAGUUGAGGCAUGCCGCGGCUGAGAUCUUGCUACAAACCAUCGAAGAGAAUGUGCAUCCUGGUUUGGAGCUCGAAGAACGGUUGUUGGCUUGUUUGUGUAUCUAUAACUACACUUCUGGGAGAGGGAUGCGGAAAAUAGUUAAUCUAUCGGAAGGGGUGAGGGAGUCGCUGAGACGGCUGUCGAAUGUGACAUGGAUGGCUGAGGAGCUACUAAAAGUAGCCGACUAUUUCCAGCCUAAUAAAUGGCGAAUUUCUUGCAUUCAUAGUCUGAUGAUGGAGGUGGGAAAUAAGUCGAAUGGAGCUGUGACUGCUCUUAUUUUCUACAAGGGACAGCUCUGCAGUGGAUAUGCUGAUGGUUCUGUUAAGGUUUGGGACAUCAAGGGACAGACAGCUACACUUGUCCAGGAGAUGAAAGAACAUCGAAAGGCGAUAACAUGCUUUUCGCUCUAUGAGCCCGGGAACUGUCUUUUGAGUGGCUCUGCCGACAAGACGAUUAAGAUGUGGCAAAUGCUGCAGAGAAACGUGGAAUGUAUUGAAGUUAUACCGAUGAAGGAAUCUGUUAGAAGACUAGAUUCUUGGGGUGAACUGAUUUUUGCAAUCACACAAAGUCAUAGGUUGAUGGAGGUCGAUGCAUCGAGGAAAGGUAAAGAUACCUUAAAAAACAAGCGCGUAAAAUGCAUUACAGUGGCACAAGGAAAGGUUUAUGCCGGCUGCACGGAUUCAAGUAUACAAGAUUAUACAAUUACAAAUAGUCGACAACAAGAGAUCAAAGCAACAUCGAAAAGCUGGAUGCCAAACAAGCCUAUUAACUCAGUUGCCAUAUACAAAGACUGGUUAUACAGUGCAAGCUCAGUCGUCGAAGGUUCAAAGAUGAAGGAUUGGAGAAGAGGAAUUAAACCAAAAAUAGCCAUUUUGCCGGAGAAGGGAGCAAACAUUCUUGCGAUGGAAGUAGUCGAGGAUUUUAUAUACUUAAAUUGCAGCUCAUCGAUGAGCAGCCUCCAGAUAUGGCUGAGAGGGACACAGCACAAAGUUGGAAGACUAUCCGCGGGAAGCAAGAUCACGAGCUUAGUGUCAGCCAAUGACAUGAUCAUUUGUGGCACAGAGAAAGGCCUUAUCAAGGGAUGGAUCCCUCUUUAGGCACACGAAACCUGCGCCGAUGCUGCGACUGCAGUCUUGCUGAUCUUCUUGCAGAAUUCAGUGAAGUUUUGUGUAGAUAUUAGUAGCUAUCUUUUUGCAAAGUAAUCAGAAAUUAAUGAUUUUUGUUUGCUACAAGGAUGUAUGUAAUAGCUUAUAUAUAUAUAUAUAUGUAUGGAUUUCUCUUGACCAGUGUCGUUGGACAGAUGCAAGAAAGUAAUGAUUUUUCUUACA